AAAAAUGUGAUCUUGUUUUCCGGUCCAUGGUUUGUGGGUCCCGCGGCUAUUGAUCAUCUACCGACGCGUAUGUUCUAUCCAAAAGAAGUAUUCUUGACAAGUGCGGAGCAUGCCACACAUGCUUUGGCCUCUGCCACGGGAAAAUGCUUCGUGAUGCGUCCUGCUGACUACUGUCAAGCUCGUCCAACGGAAUACAAUGAACACGAUGUUUACAUGUGUGAUUCGAAGUAUUUCGAGGAGGAGAAGGUUAUACGCAAGCUAAAGAAAGGUUUAAAACGUUUCUCACUAUCAGCAAGUUGUUUUGAAGAUGAAUUCUUUUUCUUCCCACAACCUAUCUGUCCACGAAAGGAAGGUUCACCACUUUUGGCUCAAGCCUCUUCGGAACCGCUUAUUCAAGAGCAGUUGAAUCGUCCGGCUUCAUCUGCCUUGACUUGUGCUUUGGCUGCUGCAACUGGUGCUGUUACAGCUCCUCAAACGGUGAAUGUCCCCGCUGCUCCGGUUCACAUUCCCACGCCCACUGUGGAUUUAAAUGCUGCUAGGCCAUCUGCAGAAUCCAUUCCAGUAGUGGUCACUUCGGCUGUUGCUGAUACGGGACCUAUGGAUACGGGUGCUACUGUUGUGCGCGCUUCUGUUGGGGCUGCUGGACUUGUUCCGACUACUCCCAACCCAGUGGAAUUUGAUCCGAAUUCGGUUGUGCACCAGUCAAACCGGACUGGUCGACGUCGCAAACUGCGAAAGCCUCCAUCUGGUUAUGUUCUUUACGCUGGUGAAGUGCGCAAACGUCUUCUACAGGAGCGCAAAGAUGCUCCAUUCGGAGAGAUAUCUCGAGAAGUUGGUCUCCUGUGGCGACAAAUGCCCUCUGCAGAACGGGACCUAUAUGAGCGCAAAGCCGAGGUGAUUCGGGAUCGUAUGAAGGCUGAAGAACAAUUAGCCAAAGCUGAGGAACAAGCUAAGUUGCAACAAAUGGCUGCGUCCAAUUCGAUGACUAGUGAAGAUAGGAUGGGAUCUGCUGUGGUUCGCACACAGUCUGGCACUCUUCCUACUGGUCAGCCGGUAGCACUUCCAUCACAAAUAGUCUCCGCACCAACUGCUAAUCUACCUCAUCCCGGAGUGCCAGUCGGUGCAACGCCACCCCAAGCCCCGGCAACCAUGCAGUUCUAUCAAACUCCCUCCGGUCAGGUGAUUCAAAUUGUUCACACACAACCACCCAACCAACCGCAGCCGCAGACAUCUGUCAAUGUCACUUUCAGUCAACCUAACUAUCCGAGCGUAGCAUCGAUGUCUGCAGCGGGUCCUGUUGGAGCCGGACCACAUCAGGCAAUUCAUACUGGUCAACAGCCUACUUUGCAAGGAUCUGUGGGAGCCGUUGCCCCUGGUCAAGUUGCACCCAUGUUACCGAAUCAACAGCAACCUCCCGUGCACAUGGGCGCUCCUGGUUCUCAAGUUGCCGCAUCGCAUCAGCAGCACGCACAUCCUCCUUCGCCCAUCUUCGUUUCUACUCCACCGCGUACUUCACGUGUGCUCCAUUCAGAAAUCUACCAAAGGUACCAUCGCCUAACUUUUACGUCAAUUCGAUUACCCUGUGAAAAUGAAAGUCAACAACAACAACAACAACAACAACAACAACAACAACAACAACAACAACAACAACAACAACAAGCAAAAGCAACAACAAGCAAAAGCAACAACAACAACAACAACAACAAGCAAAAGCAACAAGAACAACAACAACAAAUACUACUACUGCAAAUUGUCGUCGGGCGGUUGUAUAGAGGUUUUUAA